UGGGCUUCGACGAGGGGCGGGACAAUCUGGGUCUUCCUUCAGCAGAAGGAAGCUGAAGGAAAGGAGCGAGCCGGGUGGCGGCGGUGCUGCUGCUGCUGCGGUUCUAAGAGCGGAGCGGCCGCCGGGACGGUCCACGUCGUACCUACGAACUUCAUUGUACUGUAAGCGUCUCUCGCAGGGUAGAAUGGAGCUCCUUGAAGAAGACCUUACAUGCCCCAUUUGUUGUAGUUUGUUUGAUGAUCCACGAGCGUUACCUUGUUCACAUAACUUCUGUAAGAAAUGUUUGGAAGGGAUAUUAGAGGGAAAUACUCGGAAUGUGAUUUGGAGACAAUCUCUCUUCAAAUGUCCCACAUGUCGAAAGGAGACUACAGUAACAGGGGUUAAUAACCUCCAAGUUAACUAUUCCCUAAAAGGCAUCGUGGAAAAAUAUAACAAGAUUAAAGUAUCAGCAAAAAUGCCUGUCUGUAAAGUGCACAGUGGUCAGCCUCUUAAUAUUUUUUGCCAGACAGACACACAGCUGAUAUGUGGCAUUUGUGCCACUAGAGGAGAUCACAUAAAACAUCUCUUUUGCUCCAUUGAAGAUGCUUACUGUCAGGAAAAAUGUGCUUUUGAGACACUCUUCCAAGUGUUUGAAGCAUGGCACUGUGGAGAUGCACUUUCUCGGCUAGACACUUUGGAAACCAGCAAACGGAAAGCUCUCCAGAUGCUGACCAAGGAUUAUGACAGAGUAAAAGAUUUUUUUGAGAAAUUACAAUAUACAUUGGAACAAAAGAAGAAUGAGAUCCUGUCAGACUUUGAAACCAUGAAGCUUGCAGUUAUGCAGGCAUAUGAUCCAGAAAUCAACAAACUGAACACUAUCAUACGAGAGCAACAAACUGCUUUUAAUAUUGCAGAAGCAUUUAAGGAUGUAUCUGAACCCAUUCUGUUUUUACAACAGAUGCAAGAAUUUCGAGAGAAAAUCAAAGUGAUAAAGGAAACUAGAUUGCCUUGUGUUACUGUAGACAUCAAAUCUACAAUUAAAGAUGUUGAUACUAGUCAGUGGGAACAACUUAAGCUAGCAGAUGUGGAUAAACUUUCACUACCUCAAGAGAAAAGCUCUUUCAACUGGGUGACUUCUUCCUUAUUUUCACCAAGGUUUUUUGUAACUGCUUUAUUUUGUUUGCUGAUUGUUGUCACUCAAGUAUGUGUUACAGAUUUUCUAGGCAAUACCUUACAGUAUUGGAAAACUUUUGUUUCUGCAUUUGGGUCAGGUUAUCUGACUGACCCAACAGAGAUGGCAGAUCAUGCUAUUUUUUACUGGGAAAAAGUAGCAGAUAGUGCUGCUAUUCUAAGUGAAAAAUGUGUAAAUUAUAUCCAUGUGUUGUUGAAUAAUGUUGCCCAAUUUGUGUGCAUGUAUAAACUUUUAUAAAUGUUAUUAAUGUACAGGAAGUAUAUCUUCAAAGUGAGUGUUAGAAUUUUUAAAAAAUGGUAAAUGUUUUUAAUAUUUGAAAUAGUCUUGAUAGCUGAUAUAUUGAACUAUUCUGCAACCUCGUGUUAAAAACUGACUACUUUUCUCUUGUUUUCUGAAAGUGAAACACUAUGACUUAAUUUUUUUAGAAAGUAAUGUCCAUAGUGGAAAAUAUAAACUUUUUUAAUUUAUAAAAUAUAUUAUGAUUGAGUGAGUUUCAGACUGAAGUGUAAGUUGGGAAGAUGUUUGCAAGGAGAUAUAAUACAUAAAUAAUGAUUGUAUAUAUAGUACUACAGAUAGUCUCUGGGUUAAGAACGCCUGGCUUACAGACCUAUCGUUAAGAACGGAGCUGAUUAUAGCAAAAUUUGAGUUAAAUACACAGUGGUUCAAGUUGAUUACACAAUACUACUUAUACAGUAUUAUACAGUAAUACUGUUCCAGCUUAGAUAAUUUGCCUUCCCAGCUGCCCACACAUCAUCUCACUCCCUCUCCCACCCAGCAGAACAGUCCUUGAGAACAGAACUCAUUCUUAAACCAGGGACUACCUGUACUGCAAGUCGCAGUCCUUCAGAAAUAAUGCGAAUUUUGUAAUUUGUUAUGAAUAUAUGUGAACAUAGGCAGUAACAAAUAUAUAGUAUUAGCUUUUGUAUGUUUAUAAGCCACUCAAUACAAAAUGAAACUAUGGAGAGUCUUGGACUUGCAAAUUAACCCAAGAAAAUCACAUAUAUUUUUUUUACAACAGUUACAGUAACAUAAGUUGUAUAGAACUAUAAAGGGCCAAGUUUACAAGAUGUUAGACAAGUUCAUGCUGUUAGGUAUGAUCUUAAGGGAGUCAGAUACGAGUCUUGCAUGAAUGAGGAUAAAAAAUUCACUUUUGGCAUUAUUUACAUGAUGGAUGCAUUAGGGUUACAUUACAGGUAAUCCUCACUUAACGACCCUAAUUGGUACAAGCAACUCUGCCAGUAAGUGAGGUGGUCGCUAAGUGGGAAUUCACAUGACCGCGACUGCUUUUCAGCUGGAAAGACAAAACUACAGGUAGUCCUCAGUUAAUGACCACACAUUCAGCAACUUUUCAAAGUUACA